AUGCUGUCACUAUGGCCGACGUCAGGCCCAUCUUCUAGCACCUCAAUACCUGCCACACCGGCUUCGGCUUCUUCGUCCCGCACUGCUUUGACUGCAUUACCAGCAGCAUUCAGUCUUGCCUCUUCCUCAAGAUCGUCAAGAAUCGAACAGCAACCCGCAGAAACGACCUCACCCCUAGACGCUGAACCGCGGCUUACUGUAUGGUCCGUGGUCGAACAGUCCUCCGAUGUCCUCGGAACGAUUCUUUCCAACCCCAUUGGAGCAGCCGUAGCUGGCGUAUCAACAUCCUCGCUCUGCUUCCUUCUCUGGUGGCGCUACUUUCGACGGAUUCCCAACGCUGAAUAUGUGACACCAGCCGUUCUUCGGUAUCGAAAAGUUCUCGUUGGUCGAGUGGUCACCGUCGGGGAUGCAGACGGAUUCCGUUUUCACCACACACCUGGGCUCCCAUACCUCCGAGAUUGGUUCUAUCCAUGGCCACCACGAACCAAAAAGCGCAAGAACGGCCAAUCGCAACUCGUUCGAGAGACCAUCUCAGUUCGAAUCGCAGGUGUAGACGCACCGGAAAGCGCACACUUCGGAAAACCAGCACAACCCUUCUCCAAAGAAGCAAAACACUUUCUAUCCUCCAUGGUUCAAUCUCCAUCUAGCGUCGAUAAACUCACACCACCCAAGAAAUCCUUCUUCUCCAAAACCUCCGCCCCGCCCCCCAAUCCCACUUCUUCAUCAACGCAUGAGAUCUCGACCAAAACCAUCUGGCUCUACCCUUCCCACAUCGACCAGUACAAGAGGUUGGUCGCAACACCCUACGUCUGGGAUCCUCCAUAUUUCCUCGGCAAGACAAACGUCUCGCUAGCAAUGGUCAAACAAGGUCUGGCAACGGUGUACAGAUCGGCAGGAGCAGAUUACGGGAAAGCUACAUGGUGGGCCAAGUUCUGGCGAAAGAGUACCACCGGGUUGAAUGCGUUGGAGAGAGCAGAGACCAAAGCCAGGAAGCAAAAGAUCGGCAUGUGGAGUUUAGGCAAGAAGUUUGAGAGUCCAGAAGAGUACAAGCGCCGAGUCAGGGGCGAGUCAUAG